GGCUGAGAAUAGGGACUAGAGACGGCAGGGCUGGGCAGUCCACUGCCCUUUCACUGGCGGCCUCCCUGAAACGUCCGUGGAGAGAGGCCAGCGAGUUGCCAUAGAAACAGUUUGGGGCGAGGCUGACGCAAGGGCAACGGGAAGAGGAUAGAAGUGAUUGGUAGCUACUCGUAUCUCGUCGUCAUUGGCUUCUCAUUAGCAAGUGCGCAGUAGGAGGAAAAAGUUCUAGAGAAGGCCGAAGAAGGGUGGCCGAUGAGGAAAUGGAAUAAUUCCUCUUUCGCUCUAGAGAAGGCCGAAGAAGGGUGGCCGAUGAGGAAAUGGAAUAAUUCCUCUUUCGGUUCCGUGCUGCUCAGGCUUCUGGGAAAUGGAGCCCCAGCGGGGCUUGGGGCCGAGUUAGAGGAAGUUGGCAGCGCCAGCACGCCCUUGUCAAGCCCAGCGGAGGGUGCGCGCGCAGCACCUUCGCCUCUCCCGGAAGUUUACGCUGGGCAACUGAAAAGGCUGUUGUCUCGAUGGAGUUUCCAAGGACUAGACCCUGAGUCCACAAAGCAUGAUCUCCUUCUGUCCAGUCUGUGGCAAAGGUGUCAAAGGAUCAUUCAAGUUCUGCCCAUUCUGUGGCAAUUCCCUGCCUGUAGAGGAGCAUGCAGAAGCUCAGACUGGCCUUUCGCCUCCUGGGUCAUCCUUCCAAGGCGCAAGGAGAGGGCUGAACUCCAGUUCUGAAACCUCUCCCAAGAAAGUGAAAUGGUCGCCCACUGUCACUUCUCUUCCACCCUCUGUCCGUUCUGGCUGUGGCAGUUCUGACUCUGAAGAAUCCUUUAAUUCUCCUGAGAGAGCCACAGGUACCUGGAGCAGACCCCUGACCCCCAGAGGCAGUCCCCAAUUGUCCAGGCGAAGUCCUCAGACACUGAAGCGGAGCCGGAUGACCACCAACCUCCAGGCUUUGCCCACAGGGACAAAACUGACAGACAAGAAAGGACAGCUCUGGACACUGGGGGCCCUCCAGACCCGGGAUGACCAAGGCAUUCUCUAUGAAGCUGAGCCCACUUCUGCCCUCCCCUGUGAAUCAAGGACUGAGAAGUAUAGAUUCUCACUCAAGCUGGACUCCAAGGAUGGGCGCCUUUUCAAUGAGCAGAACUUCUUUCAGAGGGCAGCCAAGCCUAUGCAAGUGAACAAGUGGAAGAAGCGAUGCUUGGUUCCGCUCCUGGCCAUCCCCACCUGUGUUGGCUUUGGCAUUCACCAGGACAAGUACAGGUUCCUGGUGUUCCCCAGCCUGGGGAGGAGCCUUCAGUCAGCCCUGGAUGACAACCCAAAGAAUGUGCUAUCAGAGAAGUGUGUGCUGCAGGUGGCCUACAGGCUGCUGGAUGCUCUGGAGUUCAUCCAUGAAAAUGAGUAUGUUCAUGGGAACCUGACGGCUGGAAAUGUCUUUGUGAAUCCCAGGGAUCUAAGCCAGGUGACCCUGAUGGGCUAUGGCUUCACCUUCCGCUACUGCCCGGGUGGCAGACAUGUGACCUACAAAGAAGGCAGCAGGAGCCCCCAUGAGGGAGACCUGGAGUUCAUUAGUGUGGACAUUCACAAGGGAUGCGGGCCCUCUCGCCGUAGUGACCUCCAGACCUUGGGCUACUGUAUGCUCAAGUGGCUUUGUGGGUCUCUGCCAUGGACAAACUGCCUUCCCAACACCGAGGAGACCACUAGGCAGAAGCAGAAGUAUCUGGGCAGCCCUGAGCUUUUCGUGGGACUGUGUGGCCGCUGGAACAGGGUCUCAGAGGCCCUGCAGGAGUACCUGAAGGUGGUGAUGGCCCUCAGUUACGAGGAGAAGCCGCCUUAUGCCACGCUGAGGAAUAAUCUAGAAGCCCUGCUGAAGGAUCUGCGGGUGUCACCCUAUGACCCCCUGGACCUCCAGAUGGUGCCUUAGGUGGAAUCCAGGCUUCUGACUUGCAGUUGAACUCGAACAUGAAGUAGUGUGUCCCAGCUGUUUGAUCCCAUUCGCUCCUGAAAACCCUUUGAAUGUGCUUCUCCCCGCCCCUCAGUGUCGGGGGACCUGAGUCAUCUCCCAUAAUGUGAAACAUCCUCAUCCCUCCGCAGUUGUGGGUGGAGGUGACUGGGUGCUGGUGGCAGCAGUGGCCACUCCCUAGGGCCCUCCUUCCACGGGCAUUCCAUAAUAAACUUUUAAUCAACA